CUAAAAUUGUUUAUUAAAUUAUAGAAUUGUGCAUUUGGAUUGCAUUUACUGUUUAGGCAAGUCUUUAGACACUGGAAAAGUUACGUAAAACGAUAGUUAAAUCCUAGGUUUGAUUUGAUCUCUCAGCUAAUAAUAAAUACGCACUUUAUCGCUGAUUACGUAGAAAACAAAGAACGCUGGUGCAGCAAAACAAAAGUGUGUCCUUCUCUCCUUAUCAGCAUAAUUUUCCCCCCGGGGGGUCGUGCCGAGGGCGUUUUAGUUUGCAAUUAGAGCGUGGCUUACAAAGCAGGAAUCUCGUCGGUGAUUCGCUGUUCGCACAUCUUCGGCGUAGUAUUUUCCGGAAGAUGACCGGAGGAAGCCAGCACUCCGUGAUGCUGCUGGCGGUGAUCUUCAGCCUCUGUGGGCUUUUCGGUGGCAUCCGGGGCCAGGUGUUCUAUUACCAGCCGGAACAGGUGCAUUUGUCCUUUGGCGAAUCUCCGCUGGAAAUCGUGGUCACAUGGAGCACAAUGUCCCCCACCAACGAAUCCAUCGUCGAGUACGGUAUUGGAGGAUUGAUCCUGAGUGCUAGUGGUACGCAGGAAACGUUUGUGGAUGGCGGAGCUGGCAAGCACACGCAGUACAUCCAUCGGGUGGUGCUGCGUGAUUUGCAGCCCUCCUCCCGGUACGAAUACCACUGCGGUAGCCAAUGGGGAUGGUCAGCAGAGUUCUACUUCCACACAACACCGGAAGGUUCCGAUUGGUCACCCUCCUUCGCCAUCUUCGGUGAUAUGGGCAACGAGAAUGCCCAAUCGAUGGCUCGGCUGCAGGAGGACACACAGCGCCACAUGUACGAUGCGAUCGUACACGUCGGAGACUUUGCGUACGAUAUGAAUUCGGAGAAUGCCAGGGUGGGCGAUGAGUUCAUGAACCAGAUUCAAUCGAUCGCCGCCUACACACCGUACAUGGUUUGUGCUGGCAAUCACGAGGAGAAAUACAAUUUCUCCAACUACCGUGCCCGUUUUAGCAUGCCAGGAGGGACGGAGAAUAUGAUGUACAGCUUCAAUCUCGGACCGGUUCACUUUAUCGGGUUUUCGACCGAAGUAUAUUAUUUCAUGAACUAUGGACUGAAGACGCUGGUCAAUCAGUAUGAGUGGUUGCGUCGCGAUCUCGAGGAAGCCAAUCGACCAGAGAACCGUCGGUUGCGACCGUGGAUUAUUACGUUUGGACAUCGCCCAAUGUACUGUAGCAACGAAAACGAUGAUGACUGCACACAUUCCGAAACUUUGGUAAGAGUAGGACUGCCGUUUAUGCACUGGUUUGGGCUGGAGGAUCUGUUCUACGAGCAUGGAGUUGAUGUAGAAAUCUGGGCCCAUGAGCACUCGUACGAGCGGCUGUUUCCAAUCUACGAUUACAAGGUAUACAAUGGUUCGUAUGAAGAACCUUACCGUAACCCUCGAGCUCCGGUACAUCUCGUAACGGGUUCGGCUGGCUGCAAGGAGGGUCGUGAACCGUUUAUUGGCAAAAUCCCGGAAUGGAGUGCUAUCCACAGCCGCGACUACGGGUACACGCGAAUGAAGGCUAUCAACUCGUCGCAUCUCUACUUUGAACAAAUUUCGGUCGACAAGGAAGGCGCCAUCAUUGAUUCCUUCACCAUCAUCAAGGACGAGCAUUUACCGUACAAGCAGCUACUGGAACGCGAUCGUAGUAAACAAUGAAUCUCACAGCGAGAUGGCAGCUGGCUACCAAUAGCAAUAAUUACUGAAGGCUGUCCAUUCAUUUAUAGAAAGUUCUUUAUUGAUCCAAAUAAAAUGGUACACGAAUGUGAUAAAUACUGUG